GUGACUCUAGGAGAAUAGUUGAAAGUGACAAAUAUGGUGCUGUUUGUAAAAAAAGUUUUAGACUUUCAUAACUCUAAUUAUUUUUAAACUACUCUGUCUUUUUCAGCCAGGAAUCUGCAGUGCAGAAGUCAUGAGUUGGUGUUUUGCAGUUGCUAAUGUGUUAGCAUUAUUAGCAAAAUGGAUGGACAUUGAUCACUGUGAAGCUAAUCCAACUAACAGGAAGAGACCUAACUAAUGUUUCCAUCAUGGAAGCUUAUUGCAGAGAAGAAACCACACUAGGAGUUUUAUGAGUUUGAGUUGCCAUCUUCACUGGACCUUUCUACUGUUUCCUGAAAACCAAGUAACUGAUGAAGACAGAUAAAUGAUGGAGUUUCAAAGAAACUGUCGACUUCUUCAUAAGGACCUGGAGUGAAAACCGACCCACAGUUUGGGUCAUUUUCAUCCCAGGAUGCAGAGCUGCUUGCGACAGAAAAAUGGAUCUGACUGGUUUCACUGAGCGUCUUUGUUUCACUGCUGAAGUGGGUAAAUGAUCAGCAAAACGUAAAUCCUGACCAGGAAAUAAAGUUUAGUUAGUUCACAAACAUCUACAGGAAGUUCAUGAUUUGCACUGAAACUAAAAACAAACUGAACAUUUAAUUAAGAUAAGCUAACUUAUAAUUAUGUAAACUAAUUACAAAUUCUGAAAAAUUUAUUUUUGAAGAUUUGAUUGUACUUUUUUUAUGGUGCUACUUUUUUAUGGAUAAACUUAUGCUAUUCAUAAACAUAACUUUGUGGAUCAAACAAUCCAGAAUAUAUGUAGAGUAAAGAGUUUCAAUAAAUUAAUUAAAUAUAUAGAUUAAGAGAAUCACUGUUUCUCUAAAUUAUUCCAAAACCUUUAGAGAUAAAUUGGCUUGUUCUUUGAAAAGUGUAGAUUUUCAAAAUUUAGAAUUAUUUUUCUUCAGUUCUACUUGCAACAUAUAAAUACCAGAUUAAAUACUAAAUUAUUCUAAAACUACAUUGGGAUGAACUAGUAAUAGUGCUAUUUACAUUAGCUUUAUCAGAGGAUUUGGGCAGGUUUUACGGGUUUUAAAUUGUGCUCUGGCUGGAAAAUGUCAAAUCUGGCAACCAAGCCGAAUGGCGCCAUAUUUGUUAUUUAUGAGCGUGAGGCGCAUGCGUCAUGCUUGAUAAAAAUUUGGCAGGGCAUCGCGUCAUAAUCUUUUUUUUAAAGUCGCCAGUCGCAUCCGGUUUCACAGAGAUAUCAAACUAGCGAUCUGAUAUUCAUAAACUUUGGAACCCGGUUGAAAAUGAUACGCCAUGUACUUGACCUGCUGAGAAUACGCUACUGAGGACGAGUAGGCCGCGGCAGCGCCAUAUUUGAAAUGGCUGUGUUGGUUAUUUGCACAGGAGGAGUAUACCCGUUUCAGCGGCGGUUUGUUUGUUUGGCUGCUGGCUUCUCCUGAGGAGGAAAAAAUGGCGUCUGGAACUAGCAGCUGAUUGAUAAUGGAUAUAUUGGGUGAUCGACAAUGAAGCUGAGGACUGCUUCAAGCUGCCUUGAGGUUCCGCCAGACCCAUCAAACGAUGCUCCUCUUCCUCUCCCUCGCCGCCGCCGUCCUGUCUGCGGGCCGCGCCAUGGAGAUGAACCAGACCUCCAAGCUGCUGGCGGAGAGCUUGGAGCAAUGCUCAGCCUGCGACUCCCGGGAGCACAGCAAGCAGCUGCGGCUCCACAGCAUCCGCUCACAGAUCCUCAGCAUCCUGCGGCUGGAGCAGGCGCCCAACAUCAGCCGGGACAUGAUCCGCCAGCUCAUCCCCAAGGCGCCGCCUCUGACGCAGCUGCUGGACCAGUACGACCCGCGGGCGGAGGACGAGGAGCACGCCACGACCGAGACCAUCAUCACCAUGGCAACGAAGCCCAAUCCCGUCCCUGCAGAGCAGCUCUCCUCCUGCUGCCUGUUCAGCCUCAGUCCGAAGAUCCAGCCAAAGAACAUCCUGAGCGCCCAGCUGUGGGUUCACCUGCGGCCGUCCCUCGCCGUCACCACCGUCUUCCUGCAGGUGUCACGCCUCCGGCCGGCCAGGGAGGGAAACAGCACGCGGGUCCGGGUCCGCUCCCUGAAGGUGGACACGGAGGCCGGAGCCGGCUCCUGGCAGAGCAUCGACAUCAAGUCCCUGCUGCAGGCCUGGCUGCGGCAGCCGGAGAGCAGCUACAGCCUGGAGAUCAACGCCUUCAGCAACAGGGGAGAGGACCUGGCCGUCACAUCAGCAGAGCCUGGAGAGGAGGGACUGCAACCGUUCAUCGAAGUGAAGAUUCUGGACAGCUCCAAGCGUUCCCGGCGGGACUCCGGACUGGACUGCGACGAGGAAUCCUCAGAGACCCGCUGCUGCCGCUACCCGCUCACCGUCGACUUCGAGGAGUUUGGCUGGGACUGGAUCAUCGCCCCCAAGCGUUACCGUGCCAACUACUGCUCAGGGGAGUGCGAGUUCCUCCACCUGCAGCAGUAUCCACACGCACACCUGGUGAACAAGGCCAACCCGCGGGGCUCCGCCGGGCCCUGCUGCACACCCACCAAGAUGUCCCCCAUAAACAUGCUUUACUUCAACCGCAAGGAGCAGAUCAUCUACGGCAAGAUCCCGUCCAUGGUGGUGGACAACUGUGGCUGCUCGUGAAGACCAAGGUUCAUUUACCUGUUCAUGAAUGAAACAUCUGAAGGAAUGGCCGUCAUCCUGAAGGCCGCCACAAACCAUUCUCCAAACAAAAUGCAGAAACGUCAACAAAAUUAGAUUUAAAGGAGAUCAAAUAUUUACAGUGGCUAGUUAGGGUCAUUAUAGGUAGAAAAGAAAAGUAAAUUUCUACCAAAAACUCUGAAAUGUUUAGAUUAAUCUCUCGUUAAUCUCUGAGCUCCAAAACUAAAACAUUUGCAAGAAAAAUUGAUAAAUUUUUCGAUCAAUCUCAGGGGAAAAAAGACAUUGUGGAGAACCGAAAGUUUUUUUCUAGAACCAACCUGGAAAUGUCUUUUUUCAGAAAAUGUCUGAGAUUAACUUCUUUCUUCUUUUUCUUGCAAAUGUUUGUUCAGAAAUGUGUUGGCAGAAUUUCUAUUUUGUAUCUCCAGUGGCCCUGAUGGUCCAUCAUAAAUAUGAUUAUAAACAGAGUGGAAAUAAAUUCUAACACUUUGAGCUAUUAAAUAUUUUGACCAAACUAAGAGACUUUUAGGAGCCAAACUGAAUGUUUUUAAAGCACCAAAACGUUGGAGAAGAAUGUAAAUUCUCACUGACAAGUUGUGAAUGUACCAGACCAAAUCACUUUAUAAACUGUAGUUCUGGUGCGGACCCGUCGGGUCCAACAAUGAUUUAUUGUUUUGUUCUGAAGUCGGAACAUGGAUCUGGGAAGCCAUCUUUCCCAGGGCUCUGGUAGAAAACAUGUAGGAAUCACCAGCUUCCAUCGAGACGUUUGGAUGCAACAAUCUGCUAGAUUAAUCCAGAAAAACCUUGAAAAUUUCUGAGUUUCAAAAGUUUAAAAUUCGUGAGAAAAAAACUCACAAAUUUUAUGUGAAAAUGUAUAAAAGUAGAAAGUUUUUAACUUUUCAAGCUUAAAUCUUUUCAAGAGAAAGUGAGGGAAAUUCCUGAUGUUAAUAUAUUUUCUGACAAAGAAUUUCUUAAAUUUUUUCCCAUAUACAUUUACCUACAAAAUAAGCAGAUUUAUAAUUAGUAGAUUCCUGAGGAACUCUCUAAAAAAACAUGUAUAGCUAAAUAUUUUCAUAGUGCAGAUACCAAAUAUACUUUAAUAUGCAUUAAUACAUGCAGUGCAGAAGUAAAGUUUUUAUUACCUCCACUCUUAAGGUUUCAGCCAAUCAGUACAAAGUAAAGUAAAUGAAGCUCCUGGAUUGGCUGGUUUGCAAACACCAACCAAUAGCAUUAAAAUUUGGUAUUUCAUCUUCCUAAAUUGUAUUUUUAUAUAUUGCAGAUUUUCUGCAAAUUGUUAUUAUGUUCGUGAGUAGAAUUUUUAAAUACUGAACAUUAAAUAUGAGGGGAAACAGUUUCUGUUUGAUAAUUAAAUAUGACUGUAGAUUUUCCCAGUAUUGUUUCCACAGAGGAGCGUUAAUAGUUCAGUUGUUGUGGUAUUGAAAGGGUUUGUUUUUAUUCAAAUAGAUGAUUUUAUUCUAACGUUUGUGCUGCUCACUACAUAUAAAUAUGAGAAACUGAGUUUUUCUCAUGUGUUGCACCUUAUUGUGAGUUGAUCACAUCUGAGUUUGCACUUAUAAUAAACUGAACAAUUAACUUGCAGGAUUUUUUAAUUCCAAAUUCCUGUUAAAUUUAUAUAUUUAUCCUCAAUAUUUUCACCACAAAUCCUGGAGUUUUAGUUUCGUGUGAGUGAAGAAGUUUGGACCUGGAAUAGAUUUGGAGUCUGAAACGAGGCUUCCUGCUGCUGCCUGUCCUGAUUUGAGCCUGGACCAGCGCACACCCCGCAGGACGUCCUCCUUAUUUUGAAAACAUGAACCGAAUGACACGCCACCUUUUGUCUGUUUGCUCAUUUCUCGCUGAGAUUUGUUCAGAAGAUCAUCAGAGGUGAAUGAAAUAUAUAAUCUUCUUGUAUUUACACACAAAACUACAAAUUCUUAAAGUAUUUGGCCUAAAAGUGGAAAUUCUGAUUUGUUGUAACGCUGUUAGUCAUUUUUGUUCUGCAGAGAAGUGAGCACAGCAGCAUCUAGUGGUGAAUCAGGAGAACUGCAGUCCAGUUUGAGGUUUUUGUCUGGUAUAAAUGUGAAAUGUUGUGGUUUUGAGUUAAUCUGAAUCAUUUAAUCCGUGUUUUCCCGGGGCCUAAACAUGGAUCGGUGUCGGAGCAGAAACGGGGAUCCCAGUUGGAGGCGCCAUCCCAGUUUAAUUCCCAGAGCAGAUGUCCUGACUGUUGUUGUCUUCAUGGGGGUUUCUGACCCCAAAAGACUUUGCCCUGCUGAAACCCAGUCAGAUUCACAUCACUCACUUUAAACAGGUUUGAUUCUAAAAUUCACAUUCUGUCCUUUUAUAAGGUUUAAAAAACUUAUUUUUUUUUUUUACAAUUUAAGAUGUUAAAAUAAUUUAUGAGUUGUACGUUUCUCUAAAAUCUGGACUUUAUCUCUUUUCUGUCAGACUUUGCAUUUAAAACCAGUUUCUGGAGAUAAAUUGAUUGAUAUAUAAAAUAAUAGUCAUGUUGAUUCCCAUCCUGUCUUGUCACUAAAUUUUUGCUUUUUGUCUCACAACUUACUUAAUUUAAGAAGUAAAGUCAACCAAAGGCGUCUGAUCAUAUUUUCUGUUUACAACAUCCACUGAGUUGAUAUUUGCUUAGUCCUGUUUCAUGUAUUUGCACAAUUUUUUGUCUGUUUCAUUUGAUUUUAAUGGAAGCUAAACCACUUUUUAAACAAAUGUAAGAAACGACCUUUGAUUAUUUUGUAAAGUGUGGUUGCUUUUCUAUCACUAAUCAUGUUUUUGUUUGUUUUCUUAUUGAUUCUUGCAUAUUUUCCAAAUAAAAAUCUGAAAACUUUGGUGUGUAUUUGCUUAUAAAGUCGAUAUUUAGAAUCAAUUUUCUGAGCAGCACCACCUGCAGAUAUUUUGAGGUAGGUUUCUGUUAGUUUUACGUAAUGAAAUAUUGAUAUUUUUAUCCAUUCUUUGCAAAAAUAUUUCAAUCUCAGUCAAUGUUCAGGUCUUGCACUGAUUUACGUCUGGACUUUGAUUAGACCACUCUAACACACAUGCCUUAGCUUAAUUUGUGGCUGAAUGUUUAGAAAAUGAACUGAAAUUACUUCAUGUCAUUUGAAAAUAAAACAUUUAUAACUAA